GCAGCUCCCUCCAAGAUGGCGGCGGCGACGGCGGAUCCGGGAGCUGGGAGCCCGCAGGUUGGAGACUCCUCCGGCGGGGGCGCUGGGGGCGGGCUGCCGUCUCCGGGGGAGCAGGAACUGAGCCGGCGCCUGCAGCGCCUGUAUCCCGCGGUCAACCAGCAUGAGACGCCGCUGCCGCGCUCCUGGAGCCCCAAGGACAAGUACAACUAUAUCGGCCUCUCCCAGGGCAACCUCCGCGUCCACUACAAAGGUCAUGGCAAAAAUCACAAAGAUGCAGCCUCAGUGCGCGCCACCCACCCCAUACCUGCUGCCUGUGGCAUUUAUUACUUUGAGGUGAAGAUUGUCAGCAAAGGAAGAGAUGGGUACAUGGGAAUAGGACUCUCAGCUCAAGGAGUCAGCAUGAACAGACUUCCUGGUUGGGAUAAACAUUCCUAUGGUUACCAUGGUGAUGAUGGUCAUUCCUUCUGCUCCUCGGGGACUGGCCAGCCCUAUGGUCCGACAUUCACCACAGGAGAUGUGAUUGGUUGCUGUGUCAACCUCAUCAAUGGCACCUGCUUCUACACCAAGAAUGGCCACAGCCUUGGUGUAGCCUUCACAGACCUCCCGGCCAACCUCUACCCCACCGUAGGCCUGCAGACACCCGGGGAGAUUGUGGACGCCAACUUUGGGCAGCAGCCCUUCCUGUUUGACAUUGAGGACUACAUGCGGGAAUGGCGUGCCAAGGUCCAGGGCACUGUCCACUGCUUCCCCAUCAGUGCCCGGCUUGGCGAGUGGCAGGCGGUGCUGCAGAACAUGGUCUCAUCUUACCUGGUGCAUCAUGGGUAUUGUGCCACUGCCACGGCUUUUGCCCGAAUGACUGAAACCCCGAUUCAGGAAGAACAAGCAUCCAUAAAGAACAGACAAAAGAUUCAGAAGCUGGUGUUGGAGGGCCGUGUGGGUGAGGCCAUUGAGACUACACAGCGCUUCUAUCCAGGGCUGCUGGAGCACAACCCCAACUUGCUCUUCAUGCUCAAGUGCCGACAAUUUGUGGAAAUGGUGAAUGGGACUGACAGUGAAGUCCGCAGCUUGAGCUCCCGAAGCCCCAAAUCCCAGGACAGCUACCCAGGCUCCCCCAGCCUCAGCCCCCGCCAUGGCCCCAGUAGUUCCCACAUGCACAACACAGGAGCAGACAGUCCCAGCUGCAGCAAUGGAGUCGUGUCCACCAAGAGCAAGCAGAACCACAGUAAAUACCCUGCGCCGAGUUCCUCCUCUUCCUCCUCAUCCUCCUCAUCCUCCUCAUCUCCAUCCUCCGUCAAUUACUCCGAGUCCAACUCAACAGAUUCCACCAAGUCCCAGCCACACAGCAGUACCAGUAACCAGGAGACCAGAGGUGGUGACACUGAGAAUGUGGUUUCCUCCAAGGACAUCAGGCUUCUCAGAGCCCCCAGGGUCUAUGCUAAAGGAGCUUUUACUGGGCUUGACUUGCCGUCAGCCAGGUUGGACAGUGACAGUGAGAUGGAGAUGGAGGCAGAGCAUUACCCCAAUGGUGUGCUGGAGAGCAUGUCCACACGCAUCGUCAAUGGUGCCUACAAGCAUGAGGACCUGCAGACGGAUGAGUCCAGCAUGGAUGAUGGGCAUCCUCGGCGGCAGCUCUGCGGGGGCAAUCAGGCAGCCACAGAAAGGAUUAUCCUCUUUGGCCGUGAGCUACAGGCGCUGAGCGAGCAGCUGGGCCGAGAAUACGGCAAGAAUUUGGCCCACACGGAGAUGCUGCAGGAUGCCUUUAGCCUGCUUGCGUACUCAGACCCCUGGAGCUGCCCAGUUGGCCAGCAGCUGGACCCCAUCCAGAGGGAGCCUGUGUGCGCUGCCCUCAACAGCGCCAUUUUAGAGUCUCAGAACCUGCCAAAGCAGCCCCCUCUGAUGCUUGCCCUGGGCCAGGCAUCUGAAUGUCUGCGGCUCAUGGCCAGAGCGGGCCUGGGAUCUUGCUCUUUUGCCAGAGUCGAUGACUACUUGCACUAGCUGACCACACACUGGCUGGCCUCACCUGGCCCUCCCUCGGCCCAGGGCUGGAGCAGCCCUGCCCUCCAUCGGCACCUGGUGCAGGGACCUGGGAGCCAUGGGCAGAGUCCACUCCUGCCUGGCCUCCCCUCUUCCCUCCCUCCCUUCCUUUUUCCUUCCUUUCUUCCUCCUUCCUUCCUUCCUUCCUCCCUCCCUCCCUUCCUUCCUUUCUUUUAUCUCCACCCUCAGUCUCUCUCUCUCCCCCUUCACGUGCAGCGGCCUAUGACACAGUAUUGGCUGGUUUCUCUCAUGUAGCGCCUUCUAUUUUGAAAGGGGGGGAUUGUUUUGAGGAGGGGUUGGGGUUUUUUAAUCUUUUUUUUCCUCCUGACUGAGCCACCAGUAUUUAUCUCUGGAGAGUUUGUGCUGAGCUGGUUUCUGCUUAUUUAGUGAUGAAGCCAAUCCAAGUUGGUGAUAGCUUAUUAUUUUCAUAAGUAAAAAAAAUUGAGAGAUUAUAUAUAUAUAUAUAUAAAUAUAAAAAAAGACACAGUAUUUAUCGUAGUGUUAGUGGUCCAGCACCUCUUGGGUGAGGCUGUCCAGACACCAUAUGUUUUUAUUUGAGUCUAACUCAUUAAAAAGAAUCAUCUCUGUCACCUCAGCCAAGUGAUUCAUUCAUUUCAGGCUUCCCCUUUGUUGAGCCACAGGCCCAGCUGCAGCCUAGGGAAACCCAGUAGGCUUUGUGGGAGCCUCAUAGUGGGCAGGUCAGGGUAAGCUGGUUUGCAGCAUCUGAGAGGAGUGCGUUCCUAGGCCCCUGAGAGCCAAAUGGAGCAGAGAGUUGCAGGGCCAGGGGUCGGGAGGAGAGAUGAGUUGGCCCAGGGCUACACAGCAAAGCAAGGGAGUAGAGAGUCUUUGGCCAGCACGCUGUCUACCAUUCUGCCCUGCCUCUCACUGCCUACCUCCCCCUCUCUUUCUUCCCUUUUCAACAUCCUGCCUUCCUUUGUUGUUAAGAUGGCCAAAUAAUUCAUUUACUCUAAAUCAAUUGCCUGGAAACUACCUGCCUUUGACCCAAGAGCUGCUGUGUGAAAAGCUGCGAGGAGGAAGCCUCCAUGGAGGACAGAGGCCCAUGAGUACAGGGGCUGCCUUCGUUUUCUGCCUGAAUCUUUACUGUCUCUGCACAGCUCUGAUGGAAUUGAUGCUUUCUUUUGAGAAGCCAGGACCUCAUGGAGACUGAUUCUUGGGCUGCCAGUCGCUGGAGUGGAUGGAACCCUUGACCUCCUAGGCCAGGCCUCACUGCAGCUAUGCUAGGCGGCUCCUUGCAGUUUGGCCCUGGCCACUUUUAGGGAAGACUCUUACGAGUAUUUGCUGACCAGAGGAAGGGACCUCAUGGGCUUUUACACGUCCCACCAUCCAUGUCAGAGGAAUCUUCACAGCUGGUUGGUCAAAAACAGUCCUGGUACUUCCAUCAGGGAAUCAGGAGCAGAGGGCUGAGGGGGCUGCCAGGAUUUGGGCAGGCCAUCUGUGGAGAGGACCGACUGCCCUCAUCUGUGGAGGAAGAAAGGGAGGAAGCCUCCCAGAGGAGCACCAGGAGCAGCUGGAUGUCCCCAUCUGCAUCACAGUGGGAGGGAGUGCACAAGCAAAGGGCCAAGGGUCAGAAGUCCAACUUCCAGUCCCCACCCGGAUUAGGGCUGGCCAAGCUCCUGCUCUCCAUCAGUGGACAGGAAUGGUGGUAUGCCCUGAGGAAUUCAGAGCCCACCAGGACUUGCUGGGCCCACCAUUGGACAAGAGAAAUGAUUGGGUUGGACCAACUGUUGGUGAUGAGGUCCUUGGCCCUCUGCUUUCCCGGAGUUCUGCCCUGGGACAUGAUCUUGUAGGCUGCAGCUUUUUCUUGGCCCCCACUAGGGGCCCAGCUGGCAGCCCAGAGAUCGUAACCCAUCAGGGAGGUAUUGUCCUGUCUGUAAAGGAAAUUCAUCCUGUGCAAAGCUGGGGAUACCAAGCUCCCAAACCUAGAGGUUGGAAACAUCAGGCCAUUAAAACAGUCAUCAGGGAAUUAAAACCAGAGGCUUUUGCAGUUGGAAUGAAGUUCAGAGAACAUCUGUUCUGCAGUCCUCUCCUUUUAUAGAUAAGGAAACAGGCCCAGGAGAUUAAGUGAGUUGGCCAAAGUCACACAACAGAUCAGUGGCAGAACUGGGAUUAACCUCAUCCCUGUGGUUUGGACAACACUGUUUAGUCCUAAAACUGAAUGGUGGGUGAGGGGUUAGGCUGGCCAGACACCCAGCAAUGUCUGAGCAGCUGGUACCUUCAGGGGUGGGGAUGGGUGCCUGGGCUUGGGUUGUGGAGCGGCUGAAAGGGCCCAGGAGGGCUCAGGACAGCUGUGUGCUGCUUGGGGUUGGGUGUCCGCCUGGCUCACACUCAAUACCCACGGCCACCUGCCCAUUUUCUGUGCCUUAUCUCACUGUUUCAGCUGAGUCCAAGUUGUUUACUCUGUUCCUCUCCAGAGGGGCUCUCUGUCCCAGUUGGACAUCUUACCUUUGGGACAUAGCCUUUGCCCCCCAAACCGUGGAGAGGACCAAAAUCAAGCUGCUUGAGCCCACUGUCUUGCUGAUAGUCCAGGCCUGUCUGCCAGCCAGAGGAGUCCCUUAUGCACACCGAGUCCUACCAGCCUGCUUCCGGGAGCAGAGAGUGGGGAAGACACCUGGGAGGCAUCCCAUGAAGAGCUGGACUUAAACCUACAGAGCAGGAAGAUCUGACUGUCGGGUUGUCCAGCCCUGCAGGAGCAGCUUCCCUACUUACCUUUCCCCAUGUGCUACCAAAUGGUUGCUCCUUCCAGGGCAGAAACUGGCAGACACACGCAGAAAGCCAGAAGCCCUGUUCCUCACCCACGUGGGUCUAUGGCUGGGUGCAGGCCAGCAGAACAGGGACACGAAGAGAUGGAGAAGUGGGGACUGCCCAGCCACCCAGCACCUUCCUCCCCCUUAAGCAAGCACAAAGAAGAUGAGGCAGAGACUUGUCAGAGCUGAAAGUUCCUUUGGUCGCUCACAACUCAGGUAUGCACACCGCGUGGCAGCUGAGCAGCAGAGCCCUACUUGACCGCCAGUCCCAUGCACCCGGACCUGUGGCCAGAUUGUGGACUCUGGCUGCCUCAGGUGCCACCUCUUUGCAUAGGGUUUUCCUCCAUUAGUAACUACAGCUGACACAGACGUCCUCCACAUUGUGCGCACUGGUUCUGCCUUUGUCCUUGCAAGUUGAUUCUUGGCAUUAGCAUGAAACUUGUGGGUGUGGGAGGGUUUAGAGAGAAUUCUAACACAAAACAUCCUAUUAAAUUGUACUUGAGAGAUGAAAAAACUCCUGUUGUAUUUUGACAGAAUUAUUUUUAUUAAAAUACACGUCCAUGAGCAGUCA